AUGGGUCCCAAAGCACAACAGCCUCGGUCAGAGGAGUCCUCUGUUAGUGUGGCUGUCCGGGUCCGGCCACUGCUUCCAAAGGAGGUUCUGCAUGGACAGCAGACGUGUGUAUGGACUGAUUCCGGCGAAAAGAAGCUGACACUGGGCACGCAAAGACACUUUCGGUUUCAGGACAUAGUGGAUGAGACGUGCACCCAGGAAGCAGUGUACAACCUGUGUGUGCAGCCUUUACUCACAGCUUUCUUUCAAGGCUUCAAUGCCACCGUCAUGGCAUAUGGGCAGACAGGUUCUGGGAAAACCUACACUAUUGGAGAAGCAAGUAUGUCUUCCAUCUCUGAGGAUGAACAAGGAAUUAUUCAGCGUGCCAUGGCUGAAAUCUUUAAGCUUAUCGAUGAAAAUGAUCUUAUUGAUUAUACUAUACGUGUUUCCUACUUGGAAGUGUAUAAAGAAGAAUUCCGAGAUCUUCUUGAAAUGCAGACAUCCAGCAAGGACAUUCUUAUACGAGAGGAUGAUAAAGGAAAUGUUGUUUUGUGUGGCAUAAAGGAAAGUGAAGUUGAAGGAUUGGAUGAAGUACUUAGUCUACUAGAAAUGGGCAACACAGCAAAACAUACAGGAGCAACUCAAGUUAACGCCUACUCAAGCCGUUCACAUACCAUCUUUACCGUUACUAUGGAACAGAGGAGGGUGGUUGGUCGUGUCACCAGACUGGCCAAUGCGGAGGAUGGUACUGUUCCAGACAUCGGUCAGAUUCUCUCCUCCAAGUUUCACUUUGUUGAUCUCGCUGGUUCUGAACGAAUACUCAAAACUGGAAACACUGGAGAGAGACUGAAAGAAAGCAUUCAAAUUAACACUGGCCUUCUAGCCCUGGGUAACGUAAUCAGUGCCUUAGGGGACCCAAAACGGAAAAGUACCCACAUUCCUUACAGAGAUUCCAAGAUCACAAGGAUAUUGAAGGAUUCUCUUGGUGGGAACGCAAAGACGGUUAUGAUUGCUUGCAUCAGCCCUUCCGCAUCUGACUUUGAUGAAACGUUAAACACUCUGAACUAUGCGAACCGAGCGCAGAAUAUUAAAAAUAAAGCAAUUGUCAAUUGUAAAAGAGAUGUGGAUCGUGUGGAGAACCUGCAGCAUCAGAUAAAAUCUCUCCAGCGUGCUCUUGAACAAAGACACAGAUCAGAAACCAGAAUAUUAAACCGGUCUGAUCCUGCCAAGUCUGUACCGAGACGUUCUGUGGAGGAUCAUGUGUCCCGACUCCUAGCAGAAUGUGCACAUUACAGGACGUGCACUGACACUGGCUACCUGCUUUUUAUGGAACUCCUUUCAGAGGGAGGCCUAACCCCAUCUCAGGUCCUGAGGGUGAAGGACUGGAUGUGCUCAGUAGAAGAGGAAAGAAGUGAAGUGACGUCGGCAUCUGGUAUGGACAGCGGAAUUGAGAGUUCCACGGUUGAUGAAUCAAUAAAAGAAUCAGCCAGGAGACCAACUAAGGGCAAGGGUGUGAUAAGAUUUGCAAAUGAGUGUGAAGCUGACAAUAAAUGUAUUGAGAACCUACAGAGUCAAAUCCAACGUCUGGAGGAUGAGAACAAAGAUUUUCUAGCGGCUUUAGAAGAUGCAAUGGAGCAGUACAAAUUGCAGAGUGGCAGACUGCAAGAACAAGAAGACGAGAUAGCUAGAUUGCAAUCCCACCUGAAACGGUUAAGGCCCAACCUGUCUGUGUCUGCACUUUUGGAAGACGUUCACCUGCAGCGUGGGGAAAGGCCAAGCACUGCACCUGUAAUUAAAAAGGUUUCCUAUAUUGAUUCACUGCAAUUCCAUAAACCUUCAGCUCAUCAAUUUUCCAAUGCCAAAAAGCAGAUUUCAAGCAGCAUCAGCUCUUUAACGAAAGAUUUCACAGAGAGUUUUCAGCUGGGCACUCAGAAUCUGGUGUCCAGCUUGGAAGAGGCCGAUACGGUACUCUACAGACGGUUCAGCGAGGAUUCAGAAGCUUCAGAGUCUGAUGAUGGUGAAUAUCCUACAGUAGAGUCUGAUAAAGCCAGACUUAAAACUGAUGUGGAUCUUAACCCUGCGAACAGCAGAUCACAGGCAUCUCCCCUGGACAGCGAAGGCGACGAACCAGCUUUGUCAGACAAAGAAGUUAAUGCAUCACACAGCAGGAAGAGAGAACACCCUGUGCCAAGAGAAAGCCAUACCCCAGGAAAGGACUCUAAGUGGAGGCUACGUCAAGCCCAGCAAAAGAUCCGGGAGUUGGCUAUCAACAUCCGCAUGAAGGAAGAGCUCAUUAAAGAGCUUGUUAAAACUGGAAGGGAAGCUCAGACUAUGAACAAACAAUACUGCCUCAAAAUAUCCGAGCUGGAGAGGGAGGCUGAACAGGCGAGAGCAGAAGUCAAUGAAAGCCAGAGGCAUCUGCAGGAGCUUGAGGGGAAGGAGUCCCGGGAUCCAACAGAAAGACGCAAAGUGCAGGAAUACCGCACAAAGAUAGCUGCGGCACAGAGCAAAGUGCAGGUGCUAAAGGAAAAGAAACAAGCCACAGAAAAGCUGGCUUCACUGUCUGCACAAAACGAGAGGCGUGUUCAAGAUCUCGAGAAGAAUAUUAUCCAGAUGAAGCAACAGCAGAUUCAGAUGCAAAGAAAACUGAAAGAGGAGACGGAACAGAAGAGGCGCCUAGAGAGUGAGAUGAAGAAGAGGAGGCACAGGGUGAAGGAGCUUGAGCUCAAGCAUGAACAGCAACAAAAGAUACUGAGGAUCAAAACAGAGGAAAUUGCAGCAUUUCAAAAGAAGAGGCGAAGUGGGAGCAAUGGAUCUGUUGUUAGUCUGGAGCAGCAGCAGAAAAUUGAAGAGCAGAAGAAAUGGUUGGAUGGCGAAAGUGACAAAGUACUAGAGCAGCGCCGUGCCUUGGAAGAAUUAGAAGAAGAACUUAAGAAGAGAGAGGGCAUACUGAUUAAAAAGGAGGCCCUUCUUCAGGAAAAAAAUGAUUUGGAGAUUAAAAGACUUCGAUCCAGCCAGGCUCUGAGUAAUGAUAUUGUGAGAGUUUCUAGUCGUAUUGAGGAUCUGGAGAAGGAGCUAUCUGAGAAAAAUGGCCAGCUCCGCCAAGGCAGUGCCCAUGACCAGCAACGCAUACGAGAUGAGAUCAACAACCUCCGCCAAGAGAAGGACCUGCUGUUAAAACAGAGAGUAGACAUUGAUGACAAGCUUAGACAAGGGAACCUUCUAUCUGCAGAGGAAGAAAGGAUACUAUUUCAGUUGGACGAGGCCAUUGAAGCUCUGGAUGCAGCGAUUGAAUACAAAAAUGAGUUGAUUACUCGCCGACAGAGGGUGCUACGAGCUUCUGCUAGCAUGCUAUCUCAGUGCGAAAUGAACCUGAUGGCCAAACUCAGCUAUCUGUCCUCCUCUGAGACGCGAGCUUUGCUCUGUAAAUAUUUUGACAAGGUGGUCACGCUGCGGGAGGAGGAACACAAACUGCAAAUUUCCUUCUCAGAACUCGAAAUGAAGUUGGAGGAGCAGCAGCGCCUGGUAUAUUGGCUGGAAGUUGCUCUGGAGCGGCAGAGACUAGAGAUGGACCGCCAGCUCACCCUGCAACAGAAAGAACACGAACGGAAUGUGCAGCUCCUGUUGCAGCAAUGUCAAGACCAAAUGGGAGAGGGUCUAGCUGGAAGCAAGAGGCAAUAUGAGGCUACAAUUCAAAUGCUUCAGAAGGAACUCAGAUGGUAUAUGUGGGCUCACCAGGAACUGAGUCAACGACUGAGUAAAUUUACUGUCCCCGCUGUAAACCAUCCAGUAAUUCCUACUAAGAGUGAAGGAAGAAUUAUCCCUCCAGCUGAUAAGCAGAUGCCUUUAACCGGGUCUUUUGAGGAAAAUAGUACCUCUGCUGACAUGAACAACCAGCCAACUGUACCUGAGAGAACGCAAAGGCCCAGAGAUGACUUAAUCCAUGUCCCUUUACCUCCAACAUGGAGGCGAUCCUCCCUACCUACUGAAGAACAGGCCGGCUUGGAGGAACUCAGGCAUAAGGAGAAUACUGUAGAAGCACUCAGCAACAGAAUGGUGCCACCGAAUGACAAUGUUUGUCAGAGAGCUGUUCUCAGCCUUCCCAAAUCCCGAAGGGAGCUCCGACGAUGUAAUGUCAAUACUGUGCCUUUCAUUUCCAAUGUGGAGAUGAUAGAUGUCCGAAAAAACCCCUUGUAAAAUAUAGUAUGUUACGUACGUUCGUUUCAAAAUCCACAUCGUUAUAUAGAUGAAUGGUGUGAGUCUGUGGUGUGGCUAAGCUAACAGCAACAGAAAGCUGUUUAUUAAACCAAGGUGUUGCAGUUGUGGAUUCAAACCCUUACAGAGGUAUCCCUAUCAAGUCCUAAUUGGUAAAUAUUACCCAUGUAUUCAUAGUGAUAUAAUAAAAAAAGAACCCCCCCCCUAUAAAUAUGAUCAGAAUAUACUAUAGCUAACUUAUACACGCUUCCACUUGGUUUGGAUAAUUAAUUCUGAUACAGAGAUCAGCUACAUGGUACCAGCCCUGUUGAACUCCCAUGAUGCUGAGCAAGAAGCUGUACUGGGCAUCAUGGGAGUGGCAGAGCCACAUGCUACCUGUUCUCCGUUAGAGUCCUCACUCACCCAUUCUGUGACUUAGAACAGUUUACAUUUGUGCAUUUCUUAUUACUAUGUAAAUAGCCUUUUUGUACCGUUUUUUGUAAUAUAGUUUUCUAUGUACUUUUGUAUUGCAUUAAACAUUAUUUAUACAGUAAA